CUCAAAAGGCCUCAUGCUCUGUCUUUUGCAGCUAGUGGCUUCCUGAUGUAUUAUCAGUUAGGGGUGGUCCGGGCACUGAAGGAACUGGCACCUGAAAUGAUAAACUCACUGUCCAGGGUUUAUGGUUCUUCUGGUGGAGCACUUGUUGCAGCAGUAAUAAUCUGUGAUGGUGAUUUAGAUGCUUUUCAAGAGUAUCUCUUCAAAGCUGUGGAAGAUAGCAGAAGGUCGUUUUGGGGUCCUUUUUCACCAUCUGUAGGGGUAUUCCGGACAUUAAAGGAUGGGUUGAUUAAAAAUCUGUCAGAGAAUUCUCACCAGAAGGCUUCAGGGAAACUCUACCUUUCCCUAACACGUGUGUCAAACUUGCAAAAUAUCAUGGUUUCAGAGUACAAGUCAAAGGAAGAUCUAAUUGAGGCUCUCAUGUGCAGCUGUUUUGUUCCAGGGUAUGGUGGUUUGAUCCCACCCACCUACCGUGGUGUGCGAUAUAUGGAUGGAGGCUUCACAAACAUGCAACCUUGUCAUGAUGUAGAAGGAGUGGUUUCAAUAUCCCCCUUUACAGGAGAGACUGAUAUUUGUCCAAGAGAUAGCCAAGCUUUUUUCAGCAUAGUAAAUGUCUUUGGCACCACCGCUCUUCUUUCCAUGGAGAAUUUUUCCAGGGCAUUUCAUUCGAGCCUUCCACCAACGAUCACGGUGAUGGAACAAUACCAUUCAUUGGGCUAUCAGAAUGCCAUCUCCUUCUUACUUGUGACUAGUAAGUAUGUUCUGAACAAUACUGCCAUGUAGCAGGGAUAAAGCAAAGGUCCCUCUGUAAUUCAGAAGAGCUUUUCUUAGUUUUCUCCUUGCUCAGGAGAACUCUUCUUUCUGUAUUGUACUGAUCACCUG